UAAAGGUGUUUGAGCCAUUGGUGAGAGUUCUUCAUUUGGUUGAUGGGGAUAUUAAGCCAUCGAUGGCUUGGUUGUAUGGAGAGUUGGUGAAUGCAAAGAGGGAGAUGAAGGAGGCAUUUAACAACUUGGAGAGGAACUACAAAGAUACUAUGGGCAUUGUUGAAAAGAAGAUGAAUGGAAGGCUAGAUUCUCCACUGCACAUGGCCGCAUAUGUGUUGAACCCACACUAUAGUUAUGCAGAUAGCUCCGUCUUUACCACUGCAAAUGAAGGAUUUCAAGAGUGUGCUGAACAAUACUAUGCAAAUGAUCAUGAUACUUGCAUGCUGGUUGUCAAUGACGAGUUUCUGAAAUAUGAAAACAAAGAAGGAACUUUUGGAAAGAAGCUUGCAAAAGCAUGUGAAAAUAAAAGCUACAGCCCCGUUGGUUGGUGGAAGCUUUAUGGAGGAGAAACACCAAAUUUGAAAGAAAUGGCUAUGAGAAUCCUCUCUCUGACCUCUAGCUCUUCUGGUUGUGAAAGAAACUGGAGUGCAUUUGAAUCGGUAUUAUCUCUUCUCUCAAUUUUAUACAUACCAAGAGAAGAAAUAGGCUCACAACGGAAAUGGGAUGUGCUCAUAAGGUUCAACAAUAGGAUGUUGUCUAGGAAACAAAAGCUCCUAGAGAAGAAGAAAUGGGAUGUGCUCAUUAGCACCGAUGCUACCGAAGCUCAAGGAUUUCUAUUUGAAGGAGGGGGUGAUUAUGCAAGCGUUGUUUAUCUUGAUGAGGAGGAUGGAGAUGUUCAUCCGGGUACGGGGAUAUCAUGGGAUCUACUUGGUGAAGCAAUGGGAGCACAAGAGCAACUCCAACUUCAGAGGAGUGCAAGAGUGAGAGACCUUGAGGAGGAGUUUGAAUCCGAUCAUGAUGAUGAGAUAGUAGAUGAAGAUGAGAUUGAGUAUGAGGAUGAUUGA